AUUUUAAGUAAAAAUGGGUACAAAAAUAUUAAAUGAUAUUCAUAAUGACAUAAAACAAUUAAUAACAGCAAUUACAUCUUUUGAGGAAAAUGAAGAAGGAUUUCAAAUUUGUGAACGUUUCUGUAUGACAAAUAUUAAGCAUCAUCGAUAUCUAUCUGUUGACAGCAGUAGUACAAAAGAAGCUAUUAAAGCUUUAAUUAAGAAAUUUUCUAUUCAUGGAAAAUAUGAUGUAGCAAAAAAAUUUGAGGAACUUGUUGAUACAUUUAUAUUAAGUUUUAAUUUUGAACAGCAUCCACAAUAUGAUUUACAGUGGCAUCUAUUAACUUUAUUAUUGGAAUUAGCUAAUGAAACAUAUAAAUCUGAUUUAGAAACUUUAAAAUUAACACGUGGAGAAUAUACUUUCAAUAUAACAGGUGAAAAUGAAAGUGAAAUUACAGAGGAAAUUGAUUGGAUUGAAUAUUUAAAAGAGGGACAAGAAAAUUUUUUCAAUGAUUAUAAAAGUGAUACAGAUAGUGAAUGGUCUAAUGAUACAGAAGACAAUGUAGAUAUACACUCAAAUUUUGAAGUACCUAUAAAUAUUACAGAUUCAAAUAAAGCAAUAUGCAUACCAUCUGUUGAAAAAGAAUUAAAUAAAUUAUCUUUAGCUCUGAAUCAAGAACUUAACUCUAAAAAUUGGCUGUUGUUAAAUGUUCAAAAUAGUUGGUGGAAUGAAUUAGAAUGGAGAAAAUAUCCAGUUAAAAGCAAUUUUUUUGAUGCUCAUUUUUGUGAAAUUUGGUAUAAAGCAAAUGGGAGAAAUUUUUAUACAUUAGGAACCCUUAGUGAGUAUGUAGUAUGUAGAGAAUUGUUAUGGAUGUUUUAUGCUCCAUCACAAAUGGUAGUGUUUCAACAAAAUGAAGAAACAAAAGAAUUUUCUAUUCGUCCUAAUAUAUCAAUACCUAGUUUAACUACUAUUGCAUUUAAUAAUAUUCUUUUACCAUUUUGUAAGUACUUUUCAAUGAUACAUGAUAUAGAACAAUUUGGAAUUAGAUUGUAUUCAAAACAGGAUGACUUUUCUAAAAAACCACCCUUAACAUAUGAGACAUAUAAUGCUAUUUUGAGACAACAUUUAAUACAAUUUAAAAAUGAAAUAAUUAAUAUAGAAAAAAUUCUUAUGAAACAAGAUAGUAAUUUUACAUUUUUGUCUUUAUCAUCAAUUUUAAAAAAAAAUUUAUAUAAUAUAAAAAUUUUAUAUGAAGUUCAUAAAAAAUCUAUAUCUAAUUGGAUACUUCAUCCAAAUUGGAAGUGUGCAUCUAAAUUAUUGUCAUCUUUGUAUUUUGAAAUACAAAAUUCACACAAUCGAGAAAAAACUAAUAUUUGUAUUAGUUUAUAUUUAGCUAGUUUUACUGUUUAUUUAAACAUAAUCGAUACAUGGUUAAGUGAAGGCCGAUUUGAAGAUUGGAGAGAAGAAUUUAUAAUUACAAGGUUAUCAAAUAGUGCAAUUUUAGAAAAUAAUGCACAAUAUGAAACAUUUUCUUUGAGAUCUUUGGAUAAUAUAUGUUUAAUGGAUCCAAUUAUGCAAUUCUUAAUAAAAAAAAUACAAUAUAUAGGACAAAGUAUUGAAUUAUUAGUAUCUUUGGAUCGAAUUACAGAUAUAUGGAAGAUUAACAUAAGAGAAAAUGAAUUAAAAAAAUCAUUGGUUGAUGAAUUUUAUAUUAAAUUAGAAACAGAAAUUUCUAAAUAUAGUACAAAUGAACAAGAAAAAGAAGAAAUAUCUUCAUCUCAAGAAGAAGAAGUUACAAAAAAUGAAUAUGACAAAGAUGUAGAAAGAAAUAUUACAAAACAAUUAACUGAGUUUAAUAAUCCAUUUUUAUUAAAAGCUUUUGAAGAUUAUCUUCCUCCUGAAUUAUUAAAAACAAAUAAUUCUGAUAAUAUUAAUAUUCCCAAAAUUCAAAAUAUCAAAGUAGAAACUAAUAUCUUCAAAAGACUUGAAAAAGUAUCAAAUUAUAUAUUACCAUUCAGAAAAAUAUUAGAAAAUAUUUUAGCAGAUAUAUUAAUUUUGCGAUAUAAUGGUGCUAGUAAAUUAGUCAAAAAUAUUAUGUCUGAAGAAUAUAAAUUAGAAUUACAUUUAAUGUUAAUGAGAUCUGUUUAUAUGAUGGAAGCAGGCCAUAUUAUGAACAAAUUUUAUCAAAGAUUGUUUCAUGAGAUUGAAAAUAAUCAAAUGUGGAAUAAUUCAUAUUUUUUAUCAUGCAUAUUAGAAGAAAUUCUUUCUCAAUGGUGGUCAGAUUUAAGUUCACGUUGGUCUAUUACAGUCUCUAACAUUCAUACAAAUCAAGUAUUAAUAGCUGUUGAUAAUAUAACAUUACAUUAUGCAAUAGGCUGGCCGAUUAAUAUUGUAUUAAACGAAGAAACUUUUAUAAAAUAUAACGAAAUAUUUAGAUUUCAAUUGAAGUUAAAAUGGGCUUUAUGGACGCUAAAUAAUUUAAGAUUUAGUGAUUUAGAAGGUACAAAAUCAAUGUAUAAGAGGAAUAAAUUGGAACAGUUUCAUAUAAGACGCAUUGAAAGUUUACGAUUUUGUUUGUUACAUGCAAUUACUUCAGUACAUACUUAUUUAUCAGGUCAAGUAUUACAAAAUUUAAGUCUUAUGUUAGAAAAAUCUUUAACCCAAGCUGAAAGUUUAGAUACAAUUAUAUCAAUUCAUAAUGAAUAUUUAAACAAAGUUCAUGAACAUUGUUUAUUAACUGCUGAAUAUGAAGAUUUAAUGGCAACAAUAAAUAAUUUAAUUGAAAUGUGUAAUCAUAUCAGAGCACGAUGGAAUUAUAAGAAGUUAACAUUUGCUAGUGAAGAAUUAGAUGUAUUAGAAAACAGUUAUAAUAAAUAUCAUACAUAUCUUGCUUUAGCCUUACAUAAUGCAGUUCAGAAUAAGGAUGCAAAUUAUUACGAAUUGAUGCUGCAAUAUCAAAUUAGUACAAAAGAUAUUUAUGUAGAAAAUAAUGUUACUAUGUAUCCACUGAAUAAUCUCAGUCGUAGUUUGUUAAUUGAAGUAGCUUAUCAAUACUUACCACCAUCAGGUUUGCCUAUUCCAAUUCCAAAGAUUAUACAUAAAUUAGAUUGGUAUAGCAGCAGUUUAAAUUCUGAAAAGUCUUUACCAAAUGACAUUAUUCUAAAUGAAUAUGAACAAACAUUUUCAUAUAUACGAUGGUAUCAAUUAGAAGAAAGUGUUGUUGCAAUCAAUUUAUCUCCAUACAUAUUACAUCGUGAAAUGCAAGAUCUUAUUAAUGAUGAAAAAUCAGAAACAAAUUAUUUAUAAAAAAAAUAAAUUAUA